AUGGAUGAUCCGGGCCAAGGGGACGAGAGCUCCCCCAUAGUGCUCUCCGAUGGCGAGGAGGAAGCGCCCGCCUCGAUCGCCAGCGAGUCUCCCAUGUUUAUGGAGCAGGACGAUGACGAUGACGCGCCUGCCGAAUCAGCGGGCCCAGAAAGCGUCUCUCCCGCACGGGAGUCUUCCAUGUCCUCCAAUCAGCCAGGUGCUACCAUGUCGCCUAACGCCGAUGACGCCGAGUCCUCACAGCUCGACGACGACAGUGAGGAGGAGGUGCAAGCUGAGCCCAAGCGACCGGAAGGCGCCCACUCGCCUGAGAACGAGCCUGCCCGAGGCCAGCGCGAGGAUGCUGGUGGCAAUGGAAAAGCUGAGAUGGAGUACAACGACAGCAGCAGCGACGAUGCGGAACCCUGCACUCGGGCAUGUCUAAAGCAAGCGAAAAGCGCGGCUCGAAAGCUCGAGAAUGCAAACAAGAGAAUCAACGCCAAGAAUCAGACGAUUGAUUACCUGCAGCAGCAGCUCGAUGCGGCGAAUAGCGAGAUUCGGGGACUGAAAGAGGAACUCAAGCGGUUCACAGGAUCAGAGAACCCGGGCCGCGAGCCAAGUUGGGAGGAGAAGCUCCAAGAUUGUCUUGUCAACGGUUCCAGUUACCAGGAGGCAUGGAAAUCAAGCUACAGGGCCUUGAAUAUGCCAAUCGACCCCAACAUGUGCCAUCCCCAGGUUCGUUUCGUCAUGAAGGACGGUGAUGAGAGUAUCAGCUCACGAGAGAGCUCUCUAAAUGAUCUGGAAUCUGUACGCUCGGAUGAGGAAAUCCGCUCGACAAAGCCUCUUCCUGACAACGUGCUCUACAAAAUCUUGACGGAACUGCUUACCAAGGACGGUCUUGUCCAUUGCUUCUCUCGUCUCGAUCCACACUGCGAGCCUGUCGAGUUUCCAAGUAGGCAGGGUCUUUCAAGUUCUUCCACUGGAAUUCGUGGACGCUUCUUCAUUUCGAGUGAGCAACGAAGCUACUUGUCUCUGACCUGGGACACCGAGGACCCCAAGAAAGUGCUGGCAGCGCUUUGCGUGUCACGAAAAUUCGCAUUCUACGGCAUCCACAUAUUUUACGGCUCAAAUACGUUCGCCUGGUCGAGUCUUGGAGAAUUGGACCGCUUUGCCACAGGCAUAGGGCCAGCGAGAUGGCAGAGAAUUCAGAAUGUGGAGCUUACUUGGGUUGGCGGCAAAUGCGUCAAGUUCAAUCUCGGCAAGAGAUCAGGAGAACGACUGAAUCGACGCACGUCGCCACUCGCUUGGUUUAUGGAAGCCGCAUCGCUCAAGACCUUAUGCAUCCAUGUCAGAGAGUCACACAAGGGUGUCAUUAGACGCAGACAUGAGCCCCACGACCAGAAGGUUUACAUGGCGGGCAAAACCGCAGGACAGCCCAACUUUCGGAUGACGCGUAGUAUGAGGGGCCUCAUGGGAAUUGACAAUAUUUACCAGCUCCGAGGUUUAUACUGGACGCACAUUUAUGAUUUAGACAAGGAAAUCGCUGAUCCUGAGAGAAGCGUGGCAAAGAUCCGUGAUCAGAGCUUCGUCAUUGACAUUGAGAGAGUUGUUACACAAGAGAAAGUGCCAUCACGGUUCGAGAAGUCGAAACUAGAGAAUCUUGAUCCUCUGUUCCCGGUUGGAUCCUCCUGGAGACCUUCGAGACAGGAGUUCGACCGAAUCCGGCCCAUUUACACCGAGGAUACCGGUUACGACAACCGUCUCAAUGACCUAGACUACGACGCUACGUCGUCACAGGGCACAAUAGAGAGCGUUUCUUCUGACGAUGGCGAAGAUGGAUCUGACGAUGACGAAGAUGACGACUCGUCCGGACCCUCCCUUCACUCACCGCCCGGUCCGUCGCGCAGACGCCGCCCGUUCACACCAGCACCCAGCCCUGGUGUUGCCGAGGAGGAAGAGCUCAGCGAGAGUGAGGGCGACUUGCCGGACGAGAGCCAGCGUUCUAAUCUCCGGAGAACCCGCUCCGAAGGAGGGUCUAUCUCGCGCGUCAGCAGCGAAAUCAUCAGGGCUCGGCAACCGGUCAUCGUGAUAGAGGAGGACGACGACAUCGUGGAGAUGCAAGCACCGACAACAGGGCGGAGCUCGGCCAGGCAGCCGUCCAGACUCAGCAUGUUUGUUACUCCCGGGCCGAAUGAGCCUCGCACCAGUGGCACGCCCGGACGACGUUCUACAAGUGCCCUACAGGCACGUCGCGCAUCCUCGGCGCCGCAUGUUGACGCCUCGUCGCCUCACAUCAGCAACUCUUACAUUGAUCUGACCGCCGAGGAUAGCGAUGAAGAGGCAGAGAACGAAAACAAGAACGAGAACGAGAACGUCGCCAGCGAAACAGGCGAGGACAAGGAGGAAGGCAGCGUCCCGGCCAAGGACGACGACUUGAACGGCGCCAUCGAGGCUGCCGAUGGCGUACCUGCCCUGUUCAAUCCAGGUACUAAGCGGGCACGGCUGACGAGUCCCGCCAGUGAAGGAGGUGGUGAUACCAAGCGGCAGAAGCCGAGCGAAUACCGUACUGGGUCUCUUCCACUCAUACUCGCCCAGACGUGGUCAUUCUAG